AUGUUCCACAAGUUCCGUCUCAACGGUGACUGCUUGUUCUCCUUCCCAACCAAGCCUCGGAAGACCCCAGAGAAGCCUUGGGACAUUGCAGUCUCUCCUAAUGAUAACACGAUCUACAUCUCUGACUGGAGCAGGAGACGAGUCUACGUCUACAAUGGCCAGAAUGGGAAGAAGAUCCGGUCGAUCAAGGGCUGCUACAGGAGAGGGAAAAAAGACGAGUUUGUGGAGUUUUCACGACCUGCUGGAAUUACAUUUGAUUUAGGGGGCCGACUCAUGAUCGCCGAUCGGGGAGAGAGGUGCGUGUGGUGCAUCAACACCGAGGGAGACGAGCUGAUCAAGACAAUCGGAGACGGUCACAUCCAAGACCCGUACGGCAUUGCGGUGGCAAAGGAUGGGAAGAUUGUGGUGUCAGAAAGUGAAUCAGACUGUGUCUCAGUGUUUGGCGACGACGGAGAGCUCCUGCACUAUUUCGGAGGGACAGGGACAGGGGAGGGCCAGCUAUGUCGACCUCACCACGUCUUUAUUGACUCCAACAUGAAGAUUUAUGUUGCCGACACACAGAACAAGCGUGUGCAGAUAUUUUCACUGCCAGAGGGCCUUUAUCAGAAUCUAAUGCCAGCUCCAACAGCCGACAUUACUCUAGAACACCCAUAG